ACCUGGGGGGGCAGCCCUGAGAGCCUGCUCCACACCCACAGUGUCCUCAGUAAGAGGGUGGCAGGCGGGCCAGGGCCAGAGCCUGGACCUGGGGUCAGGAAGGGGUCACAGGGAGGCAUGGAGGGCCCGAAAACCCUGGGCCCCUGCGGCCACUCCCACCCCCAGUGUCCCCCAGCCCCAGCCUCGAGCGGCCACGGAGGAUGCCUGGAGCAGCCCUGCCAGGGAUUUGUAAGGUGGCCCUGCCUGGUCCCUCUCCCCUCCACUCAGUCCCUGGAGUGCACCAGGCCGUUCCCAGCCCCAGGGGCAGCAGUCGGGGGAGCCAGGGUGGGGGGUGAGGACCCCCGGCUCUUCCUCUCCAGCCGUGAGGGAGAGACUCAGCAGCAGCGGGCCAGAGAGCCAGCUGGGCCAAGCCAAGAAGUGGAGGAGGGGCUGGGGUGGGGCUGGCCCCUGCACCCGGAGCCAGAGCAGGGGGCGCCCAGGCAGGGGGGGAGCCCCAGCGCGGCGCCCAGGUCCUGCACCUGCCCCUGCCCGACCCUGCCGCCAGGGGGUGGGGCCCCGGCCCCUCCCAGGGCAGCCCCCUCCCAGCUGCCCAGCCGACCGCUGGGUUCUGCACAGCAGCCUUUCCUACAGCUGCAGCAGGAGAACCAGAGCCUGAAAAGGCAAAACCAGGACCUCCGGGAGCAGCUGGGGGCCCUGCUGGGGCCCGGGCAGCCGUUCCUGCCCCUGUGCCCAGAGCAUUCCAGCUGCACUGCCCUGACCUGGCCCCCCGAGUCCACCAGUGCCCGGCCUCCGGAGGACAGGGCCCCUGUGCAGCUGCUGCGGCAGGAGGUGUGCCGGGGGGAGGAGGCCUUCGUGCAGCAGUCCCAGAACGAGCUGCAGCAGAUCCGCCUGUCCUUUGAGAGGAAAAAGAUGGCCAUCACCGAGGUGUGGGACGGCGUGGCAGAGGUGCACAUGGCUCUGAACAACCAGGCCACCGGGCUCCUGAACCUCAAGAAAGACAUCCGGGGCGUGCUGGACCAGAUGGAGGGCAUCCAGCUGGAGAUCCUAGGGGAGCGCGCCCAGUGCCGCACCCAGGCCAGGAAGGAGCAGAACUUGGCGUGCGCUGCGAAGGGGAGGCCCCCGCUGGGAUGCUCCGAGGGCCUCAAGGGCCAGCUCUGGUGCCGAUCCACCCCCUGCGGGCGGGCCGCGGGCGUCAGUGAGAGAGAAUCAGAGAGGUGGAAGUCAGCAUGAGGCAGCGCCGUGGGAUCCGUGCCCUCGGAGCCCCCCACGCCACUCACACUGGGAGCUGCGGCCCCCGCCCCCCGCCCCUGCAAGGCUGCCUUAGCCCCACCCUCCCCACCCUGGUUCCUGCUCAUUUGGCAGGCAGAGACCAGCAAAUGCAGGAACCUUCCACAAGGACCUCCCCCCAGCCGGCAGGUUAUACCCAAGGCACCCAGUCAUUGCCAGGAGUACGGCAGCCCCCCCCCCAUGCCGGGACAGGGACCCUCUGACAGCCCCCACCUCCCAGGCCUGUGACUUGGCUCCAGUCGGAGGAACACGCGACCCUGUGCCCGCUGCAGCCCGCCCUGGAGCCAGACCCCUGGCCUCCCCCCUGCCCUGGGGCGGGGCCCUGCUGCCCUACAGCCACGGCCCUGGCCUUGGCUCAAGCACAGGCUCCAGAUGCCUCUUUUGCUUUUUUUAAUAAAAUUAUAGAUAUA